AUGGCCGGGGAGGGCUCCUCCCACUUGGGCUGGAGGGUCAGGGUGGUGGGAGAGGCUCUCCAUAGACAGUGGCCUCUGGGAGGGACCCCGAGCCCAGCUGACGUGCCCCCUCUGUGCACCCACAGGCUCUUCGCGGCCAAGUGCAGCGGCUGCAUGGAGAAGAUCGCCCCCACCGAGUUCGUGAUGCGGGCGCUGGAGUGCGUGUACCACCUGGGCUGCUUCUGCUGCUGCGUCUGUGAGCGGCAGCUCCGCAAGGGCGACGAGUUCGUGCUCAAGGAGGGCCAGCUGCUGUGCAAGGGCGACUACGAGAAGGAGAAGGACCUGCUCAGCUCUGUGAGCCCCGACGAGUCCGACACAGUGAAGAGUGAGGACGAGGAUGGGGACAUGAAGCCGGCCAAGGGGCAGGGCGGCCAGAGCAAGGGCAGCGGGGAUGACGGGAAGGACCCCCGGAGGCCCAAGCGACCCCGCACCAUCCUCACCACGCAGCAGCGAAGAGCCUUCAAGGCCUCCUUCGAGGUCUCCUCCAAGCCCUGCCGGAAGGUCCGCGAGACGCUGGCAGCAGAGACAGGCCUCAGCGUGCGUGUGGUCCAGGUCUGGUUUCAGAACCAAAGAGCCAAGGUCCUGUCGAGCCGCAUGGAGGGCAUGAUGGCCUCCUACACGCCGCUGGCCCCGCCCCAGCAGCAGAUCGUGGCCAUGGAGCAGAGCCCCUAUGGCAGGUCCCCAGGAGCCUCAGCCCUCACCCCCCUCCUGACGCCCCUCUGCCCCCCAGGGAACGACUCCAUCUUCCACGACAUCGACAGCGAUACCUCCUUAACCAGCCUCAGUGACUGCUUCCUCGGCUCCUCCGACGUGGGUUCCCUGCAGGCCCGCGUGGGGAACCCCAUCGACCGGCUCUACUCCAUGCAGAGUUCCUACCCGACAGCCAUAUGGUGCCCUCCCCUCGGCCAGCCGGGCCUGGCUGAAGUGCCCGCUGGGCACAGCCGGACAGGCAGUUGAGCACAGCCUGCACAGGGCUGUGUCCUGCCCACACAGACCGUGUCACCCCCAGGGACCCAGAGCUCUCGGACAGCCACUCGCCUCCUCGCCCCACCUCGGCCUCCAUCGCCUCCUCUGUCCCCAUCUUUUUUGGGAAGCUUAAAUUCUCUCUAUUUUUUUAAACAUCCUCUCUGUGUCCAGCCAAGCUCCACGGCCCAGGCUUAGGCCGAGGCAGGGCCCCGUGCAGGCCCCAGGAUGAUGCGCGCGAGGCCUGUUACCUGUGAGAAACUACCCGUACCCUGUGCUGGCGCCCGCCCCCCACCGCCACCUCUGUGGGCAGGCCUGGGGCGGAGGAUCACCACUCCCAGCCAGAGCGGGGGGCAGAGGUGGGGAGGAGCCAGCCAGGUGCCAGGCCCACCGUGGCUCUGCCCUGGGGGGAGUCACUGGGGAGGGAAGACGGAGCCAGGCAGACCUGAGGGCCAGAGACACACGUGCAGACGCGCACACGCUAACGGCACACGUGCGGACAUGCACAGAGACGUAGAGACACUGACAGAGACAGCGGCUUCUGCGGAGCAGCCCUGCUGGGUCAGGAAGGGGAGAGAGGCCAGGCUGGGAGGGAGCCCCUCCUCAUGUAGUGAAAGGAGAGGAAGCGGGGAGUGGGAGGGAGGAGGGGAGAGGAUGGGGACCUCCUCAGCCCAGAAGGUGGCUGGUCUCCUGAGCAGAUGGGGCAGCCGCCAGCCAGCUCCAAGGACAGAGACAGCCCAGAACCAGGCAGAGCUGGGCAAAAUGGCAGAACCUCCAGGCGGGAAGGACCUCACAAGUGACAGGAGCCCAGCCAGCUGCCCUUUUCUGCUGAUCUUACCUCCGCCUUUUUCAGCCCCGAGUCCUUGCUUCUCCAAGCCUGGCUUUUCCAGUUUCCUCAUCUUCCUCUUAAAAACACACCCACAGCUGGGCUCCAGCUUUCCUUCUAAAGGCGUGGAGUCCAGAUAGCCCAGUCUUCCCACGGACAUCAGCCAGCCACAGUGCGCAGGCCCAUCACCUCCCCAGUGUUCGGUGCCCUGCCUUUGUUAAUGUGGCCCGAGAUCCAGUUAAUGGUUUAGGCCGCAUAACCUUGGAAACUCGCCCUGCCCUUCUGUAAGUGAAUCCAGGGACCAUCACACACAGGACAGCUAAGCCACCUCUCUCUGCUGUGUGUGUGGUUGGGGGAGGAUUGGGACCCUCAGGGCCUCUCCCUGUUUGGCAUUGGCCCAUUAACCAGCCCUUCUUGGGUGAUGCAUUCCUACUGCACCUCCAGCCCCGUUUGCGAGCUGCUGGAAGCCAAAUACACUAUGUCAACCCCCACCCCCAGGGCACGCAACUCUAACCCCGCCAAAGGGGAGGUGAGGUUAGGCUGAUGGUCCCUACGCUCAGUGACCCCUGGACGUCCCCGUGUCCUCAGCCAGGCGCUCACAGCCCUGCCCCUAAUUCUGACUCAGAGCCCUAGGCUGCCACCCAGAGGUCUGCCUGUCCAGCCUCCGAGCGAGUGGGACGAUGGUUGACUGUCUUUGGGCUCCUUCCUGGCCCUCUCGGGGAUCCUCCCCGUUCCCCAAGCUGCUCUGUGGUUUUGCUCCUCUGUCCGCAGGGGAAACCUCAGCCUCUCCGAGACCUGGGCCCAUCUCCCACCCCUGCUGGCUCCUGUGUGCAACCCUCACCCGGCUCUCUCCAGGGCAGCUGGCCGAGGGGGACCCGGCGCCGCCCCCGCCCACCCCUCGUGCUAAGCAGCCAGCCUGGCCCUUCUGGGCUCAUGCUCCACACAGAUCUUCCCUGGGGGCCUCAGUUGAUGGCCGCGGUCCAUCUGCAGCCUCGGCCUUCCUCUCUUAUCUUCUGGUCCCGGCAGCCAUGCCCGUUUCUGGAGAGAUGCCGCCCUUUCUCCUUCUGCAUCCACAUAGUCUGACCAUGGCGGGGCACUUGGGCAGGACCAGGCGUGGAGGCCCCCGGGACACCUGCCCUUCUCUCCCAGGCUCUAAGUUGGGAGGAACCUCAGGAAUGGGUCAUCUUGUCCAGCCCCUCCCCUUGGGAGAGGAGAGGGGACCCACCAGCCCCCUGAUGGCCAGUCAGUGAUAGCCAGAGCUGAGCCCAGGGUCAGACUCAGAUGCUCACUCUGCCCAGCCCUGGGCCAGAGGUGGGGACACAGAUGAGCAUGAUGUAGGGCCCGCCUACAUGGAGAUGUAGGGGUCUCUCUCCUGAAGAGGCAUACACACUCUGUCCCAGACCUUGUUGGGGACCCAUUUCUCAGAUGAGGAACCUGAGGCCCAAAGAAGGGAGGCAAGUGCUCAGGGUCACCCAGUAGAAGCACACGGCGCCGGCAGGCUCGCUGGGGCCUAGGGCAGGCUGAGGGGAGCAGGCUCUUCCCGCUGCGUGGGUGGAAGUGCAGCCUUGACGUGGGGGCAGUGAGUAGUCAGGACCCCCGACCCCUCCAGGGUGAGGGACUGUCAUCACUGUGGGGGUGGGGUGGGGAGGGGGAAGCCCGAGGGAAGAGAGAAGUAAGAGUCUGGUCUCUGAAGGAAGAGGCAGGAAGUGGUGGCGGGCAGGCGGGAGACUGCUGGGGAAGUUGAGACUCGGAGAGAAGAAGGAAUCUAUCCCAGGUGACAUAACGAGUGAGGGCAGAGGAGGGACAAGGAGGUGGGCUAGUGCCACCAGCCAGAGCCUCGUCUGCCUUCUCCAUGGACAGAGGGACCCAGUGGCUCCCAGGGUCAGACCCGGGGUCCCGCAGAGCCUGUAAGAGAAGGGGUCGGUGCAAGUGGGUUAGGCAUCCCGGAAGGCCUCCUGGAGGAGGUGGAGGUGGGGGGCUGCAGAUCAGCAGGGUCAGGCCCCCAGCAUGACCUUCUCCUUUAGGGGCUCACCUGUCUUGCCCACUCACCUGGAGCUGGCGGCCCUCACUUCACACACAUGGAACCUUGGAGGAGGGAGAGCUGGCCGAGCCCUGCCUGGCCCCACCUGAGCUCUGAGCACCACCUGGGGUGAGAAUCUCACCUCCCGCCUGGGAGAACCCACAGCUCUGGGGCUCACUGCACCCUGUGGGGAAGGGGUCUACGCUCACGCACGCACAUGGACACGCACACUCACACCCGGACGCACAUGGAGGCUGACAGGCCUGCACUACCGGGCACACACAGCCUGGGGGCUGGGGAGCAGGAGGACCGACCCUCCAGCCUGUGGCCCUUGGGAGGGGCCAUUUCCAAUGAGCCUCUUUGCUGGUGCCCCCCACCCCACUGGGUUCCCCCAGGAGCCCAGCCUAGCUGGGUGUGGGAACCGGGCCACUGGCCAUUCCUCUGUUUUCCUUGUACAGACUCUCACUGCCCACCCACCAUCCCCAGACACAUUUUAUUUAAUAACUUGUCAUUGUUAAAUUAUUUAUUAGCGUUUACCACAUCACCACCCCCACCCUGCCCUCCACUCUCACCUUCCGCGCUCCCCACAAAAGCAGAAAAUGGAAACAACAACAACAAAAAUGAGACAUCAGUAUAUUUGUAAAUAAACCAACCUGUACACGCC